AAAAAAUACUACUAAAAACUUUAUUUAUAUCAGGUUAGGUUAGUCAAGUCUAGAUUUAACAUUUAAUUUAGAAAUUGUUACUCGUUCUCGUAACAAAUGUAGUUUUCUGAACAUAAAACACCAUAUUUCUCCUUAAUGUUUUUUUUUUUUUUUUUUUUUUUUUUUUUUUUUUUUUUUUUUUUUUUUUUUACAAAAGAAAUUUAGAAAAUGUGUCCUUAAUGUUAGUUUAACCACAUUUUCUAAAUUUUUUAUGUAAAAAAAAAAAAAAAAAAGCAAAGAUAUUUACUGUAUAAUGGAUUUGGAGCCUAUAUUCUGGUGAGUAAAUAAAAUUCCCAAAGUCCCUUAUCCUCUCGUACCCUCACUCAACUCUCUCUCUGUCUUUCCACUGAGCAACCACCACACCCGUUUUCUUCCGGGUCAGAAGACCACUUUUCUGACGGGGUCGGACUGCUGCUCCACCAAGCCCAACACCGGCCCACCUGCAACUCCACCCGACCCACCGCGGCUAUACCAAAAUCCUCUGUUCAGAUCCUCUAUUGGCCGAGAGUCCCAGAGAUGCAAUGAUGCUUACUUGGUUGAAUACAUAUAACCUCUCGGUGAGCCUGCUUGAACCUACCUUGGUUCCUAUGGUAUAAAACUUCAAACAUGGAAGUUUUUUGCCACCACUCUCUUUCUCUAUCGGCUAAUUUUCCAAAGUUUUUCCCUACAAUGUCCGCUACUGGAUUACUUACUUCCAUUCCAUUUCAUAACACUCCUUUCCUGAAUUUAUUUCCAUGUAAGCUCAAUUUAGUGCAAAAUUUUAAAGCUGAGGCUGCAGCAACUCAUAAUGUGGGUCUUAAGGACUUACCACACCGUAAAAACUACUUAUUGUCAAGAAUCCAACAUGCUAAUGAUUUUGUUAACUCCAAUCAUCAAGCUGUGGAAGAUGAGGUUGUUGAAUGUUUUGCUCUCCUUAACCAAAUAAACAGAAAUAGUAGUGGGACUAACAACAAUUCUUCCACUUGUAAACAAGUCCAUGGACGUCUUGUCAAAGUGGGUGCUUUAAAGGCUGAUUCUUUCACAGGGAAUAUGCUAGUGGUGGCCUACUCAAAGAGUUUAGAGUUGUUAAGUGAUGCUAUCAGGCUGUUUGAUGAAAUUCCAAGGAGAACUGUAUCCGCGCAUGCUGCUUUGAUAAGCUCAUUCUGUCGAUUCGAGAAAUGGAUUGAUCUUUUCUUGGCUCUUGGGAUGAUGAUAAAUGAUGGCAUGUUACCUGACAGAUAUCUUAUACCAACUAUCUUAAAAGCUUCUUCUGUAAUGGGAGUGGAAAACAUUGGUAAAAUGGUUCAUGGAUAUGCCAUUAGGAGGGGGCUUGAUGAAGAUGUUGUUGUUGGGAAUGCUCUUAUUGAUAUGUAUACAAAUUGUGGGGGAUUGAGAUUGUCAAAGAGUGUUUUUGACACAAUGAACUCAAGGGACGUGGUUUCUUGGACUGCCCUCAUUGUUGCUUAUAUGGUUCAUGGUCUUCUUGACAAGGCAAUGGACAUAUUUUGCAAGAUGGAGUUGGAAGGUGUGGAAGCCGACUUGAUUUCUUGGAAUGCCCUUGUCUCAGGCCUUGCCAUGAAUGGGGAGAUUGAAAUGGCUUUUAGAAGUCUAGAAGAGAUGCAAAGAAAAGGGGUUAGGCCACAAGAGAACACUUGGAAUGGAAUUAUCUCAGGCUGCAUUCAGAAUGGAUUUUAUGGAGAUGCUUUAGAUGCAUUUGUUAAAAUGUUUCGGACUUCCUUGAUCCCUAAUGUUGUGACAGUCUCCAGCAUUCUACCAGCUUGUGCUAGCUUGAAAGAUCUAAAUUUGGGAAAAGCAAUUCAUGGAUACAUUAUUAAACUUGGUCUUCAUGGCGAUUCUCAUGUUGAUGGGUCAUUAAUUGGUAUGUAUUGGAAAAAUGGAAGGAUUGAUGAUGCAGAAAAUAUUUUCGUCAGGAUAAUGCACAAAAGUACUUUCGUAUGCAAUGAGAUGGUUGCAGCUUACAUGAGUGAUGGAAAUGUGGAAUCAGCUCAAAGCCUUUUUAUGUCAAUGAAAGACUCUGGUCCAAAACCUGAUGUUAUUACUUAUAACACUAUGCUUGCUGCCUGUUUCGGGCAUGGAAGAAUUGAGGACAUUUUCAAACUGUUGUAUGAAAUGCCUGAAAUGGGUUUGUUACCAAAUGUUGUUACAUUCAACAUUUUAGUAUCUGGCUAUCAGCAAGCUGGCAUGAGUCAUGAAGCUCUGAGAUUGUUCCAGGCCAUGCAAUCACCUCAUAGUGUCAGCUUUCUUCCUCAGAUAAUGGAAAAUUCGAUUGAACCAAAUACUGUAACUGUUACUGGUGCCCUUGCAGCUUGUGCUAAUUUAGGUUCAUGGCGCCAUGGGAAGGAACUUCAUGCUUAUAUUGUCAGAAAAGGGCUUGACUCUAAUAUUUUUGUAUCAAGCUCACUGGUUGAUAUGUAUGCAAAAUGCAAUGAUAUAAACUCAGCAACAGAUGUUUUUUGGCGAACAAAUAACAGGAAUACAGUUACAUGGAACAUAUUGAUUGCAGGUUACAUCAACAGUAGUUUGGAGCACGAGGCAUUCAGACUCUUUGAUAGAAUGCUUAAAGAAGGGGUUGAACCAAGCCCUAUUACUUAUAUGAUACUCAUUCCUGCCUGUGGAGAAACAGGGGCUCUUAGAUUAGGGAGAGAAAUCUAUGGAUACCUUCUGAAGAAUCAGUUUGAUCAGUCUGAUGAUUACCUUGCAAGACCUUUGAUAAAUAUGUAUGAUAACGGUGGCAGGGAGGCCAAACGGGUACUUGACUUCAAACUACAAUUUAAGAGCACAUUUAAAUAUGAUAAUCUAAUGAAAUACAUUCAUUAUACUUCUUUUGUACCUAUUUCUAUAGGACCUUUCUAAGAAAUAUUGGAGCUGCUUAAAAAAUAGUAUUACAUGUUACCCAAGUAUAAUAUCUAUAGUGGAAACAUUAGACUUUUAUACAUUAUAGCUCUAACUUUUUGCGUGCUUGUGUUGUACGGAGUAAGAAAAUUGAUGAUGUGGAUGGCCUACCAAGCAUUUUUGUUCAGGAAUGUCCACAACUACAAGACAUUAGUGAUGGAAAUUUGAGAUGAGAGAGAGAAGGAUACUUGUUCCAUCAAUGGUUAUGGGAGGGAAAGAAGGGAAGAAACUUGAGGAAAUGAUACCACUCCAACAUUAAAUUUGCUAAGCUAGCAUUCUGUAAAGUGCCAGUGCUUUAGCAAAGGUGGUGUGUCAUUUCAACAUUUUUCUUGAAGCAUUGGCGUGGCAUACUAAGCUCCUAACUAGUUAUGUUGCUAGUGCCCCUAUAUUUUCUAUGAGCAGGCCAGAAUUUCCAUAAUGGUCAUGCAUGAAAGUAUGUAAGAAUAAUUCAGACAAAAUAUGGAAAGUUUAUGUAUGUUCAGUGUGUGCAAAUAUCUCUAAUCCAAUUUGAAGAAGCUUCAUUGAUUCCUCUAGUAUUUCUUCAAGUUCAAAGAACAUAAGGAGUUGCUUGCUUUGGAAUUCUCUAUGAUUUUAACUAAAGCAAAGGAUUAGUGAGUUAGAUGUGAAGAACUAGUGUUAUUGCCCUUGGCUCAGCAUACAGGUUAGUUGUCGUUUCUUGAUGUUGUCAUUGAAUUAGAAUUCUGUAAUGCUGUAUGGUAUGUUUAUUUGACGUGUCUCUUUAUACAUGCACUUUAAUCCAAGACAUUCUCUUGAUGAGUUGAUGUAUAUAAUUGUAGCCCAUGGUAAACUAUUGAGGUGCUAAAUAGUAAAUACCAGUGUAGUUUUGCAUUAUAUGGGCCAUUCUUUAUUAAAACUCUACUGAAGGCUAUUUUAAUAUAAGCUGUAAUGGUAGCUUUUUGGUAUCAUUUGUGAUGUUGCUUGUGCUUAUAUUAUCAAUGGAAUGCAUGUUUAACUGUAGCAUUUUAAAAAAAAAUAAUGGUUUAAUAAUUAUUAUGCGAAUUAUAACUAGUGUAACAAGUGUUUACCAAAGUCUUAGUUUGUGUUUGUCUAAUGAUGCUAUUAGUGGUAUUUCAUUGAUGCAAUUUACAAUGUUUACUAGAUGAAGAUAUGAAGCAUCAUUAUUCCAUCAAUACUGAAUAUAUGAAGUUCCAAUUAUUCUGCUGACCAAAGUAUCAUUACCAAUGUCGACAUCCUUUGGUUGUGGAAUAUAUGAACUAAAUUUGUAAAUGUGCAAGAUUGAGAAAUUGUUGAUAAUAAAGUAGGACAUGUUUUAUGCAAGCGAUGAAUUAGUUUUUCUGUGGAAGGGAAGCUUCCUUGUGACUGUUACAUUGGAAGGAAUUUAUCCUUCUGCAGCAUCUGCCCUGAACAGCAUAGCUUGUGAACUGCCUGUGGAACAGAGUUUUCAAUUUACUAUACUGCUAUAGAUACGGUCGAUGGUCUUUGGCGUAGCUGCUGCCUUGUGUUUUUGCUACAGCUGUAACUGCCUGCUUUAUUAUUUCUGUAGAAGUUGCUAGUACAUCUGUAGCAAGUGUUGCUGCUCUCUAGCUUCUUUCAGUGUUGUUUCUUGGAGCUGCACCAGCUACAACAGCAUAGCUUACAUGCUUUUUUCAUCGUUGUUUGAUGGUUCCAACUUCCAAAUAUAUUUAUGCUUUGCAUCUGUUGUUGUCGUCGUUUUUUUUUUUUUUUUUUUUUUUUUUGCUUACUCUAAAUUCUUUUCCAUUCUGCUUCUGUAUAUAAAUGGAAUGGACUUCACCAGAUAUCAUUCGAGCUGUUGAGAAUCGAAAGGUUUGACCUUGCAGCACAAAGCUAUCCUCUCUUUUCCAUUGAAAAGAAAUGAUCACAGCAUCACAGACUUGCAGAAGCGGCAUCUCAUACUACAGCAUUUCAUUACACGGUGCUUCAUGGAUAUUACAGCGAGAUUGACAUUGAAAAAAAAAAAAAAACGCUGUACUGUCAUUUUAAUUCAAUAGCUUUUGAAUUUGAUCAAUUUGUUAAUCUCUAUUUAAUGAACUCAUAUGCCCCCCAAAAUUACAUUUAGCAAUUAAUAUAUAUGGCUUGCAGUUGCGACUUGUUUCUGUAUUUCUU